AUGUGGAUUUCGGACUACCUGACAGUAAGGGAAAAAGUUAGUCAUUUCUUGGACAUCUUCUAUGUCACAAACACUGUCCAUGGCAGUGCACAUCCCUGUGUUGGAAAGAGGAUGCAGCCAUCCCCACCCUCAACAGGGAAGGUUGGAAAAUGCUGCACUGUGCAUGGGCUCACGAGGAGGAUACAUAAUGUACAGCCGAAUCUGCAAUCUCCUAUUUUGUCAGCUGCUUGUGUUGAUUAA